CAUCACGCAUUAAGUUUGUGCUAACACUUCAUUUGCUAAAUAUCUCCGGCGAACUUAAUAUCGAUACGAUGAAAUUGGACGGUCUUUAUAUACUAAUUUUUACGGUACUCGUACAAAAUGUCUUGUCGAUUCCGCAAAUAUCGAAAAGGGAUUUACAACUAGCUGGCACAUGUGAUCCAACGAUUUGCAAACCACCGAGUUGUAGAUGUGCUUCAACAACCUUGGAUGAUAAAGUUCCAAUUGCACAGAUUCCACAGCUCGUCAUGUUAACUUUCGACGAUGCAGUCACUGCUUUAAAUUAUGAAUAUGUGGAAGAAGCGAUAAACGGACGAGUCAAUCCUGAUGGAUGUCCGGCUGCAGCAACGUUUUUCGUAUCGCAUGAAUAUACCGAUUACUCCAAGGUCCAUAACUUGUGGGCAGAUGGACAUGAAAUCGCUCUACAUUCUAUCACACACAAUCAUAUGUCGGCACAUUGGAAAAAUGUUACCGUCGAUGAUUUGAUCGCUGAAUUCGGUGGUCAAAGAGAAAUGAUGGCUCACUUUGCUAAAAUUAACUACGACGAUAUCAAGGGAAUGCGUUUGCCGUUGUUCGAAUUGUCGGGCAAUACCAGUUUUGAAGCUAUGCUUAAAGUGGGUUUAGAAUACGACAGCUCAUGGCCGACACAACAUUUCAUUUCGCCUGGCCUAUGGCCCUACUCGCUAGAGUAUCAGUCGAUCCAAGAUUGCCCAAUUGGCAAAUGUCCUACAGCCUCAAUUCCAGGCGCUUGGGUAAGUCCUCUUCUGAAUUGGGUUGAUUCAGAAGGCUAUAAAUGUGCUAUGGUAGAUGCUUGCGGUUACUUACCUGGGGAGGACGUUGAAUCGCUUGUUGAAUGGAUGAUCAAAAACUUCGAGCAUAACUAUAACACAAACCGAGCUCCAUUCGGUGUAUAUAUCCACGCAGCCUGGUUCUUGAAAGGCGAAAACUACUUUGAGGCCUACAUGAAAUUCUUGGACUACAUGGACAGUCUCCCCGAUGUAUAUUUUGUAGGAACACAUCGUGCUCUGCAAUACGCUCGUAAUCCCAGAGCAGGAAAACCAUUCGACAAAUGUGAACCACUCCGAACUCCAUCGUGUGUACCAAAACUGUGCCAACUGGUGAAACAAACAACCAGAGAAGAACGCUGGAUGACAAGUUGCAGUCCAUGCCCAGCUGUUUAUCCAUGGUUGGGGAAUCCGUUAGGACAGAAUAUGUAAAGUGUUUUGUUGUUGAAUUUCAGUUGACACUCAAUAAAACAGAGGAAUGGGAUGCAUUAAAGUGAUUAAUGCUUCGUCGACUUGAAA